AUGCUACCGAGUACCGAGUACUACUCCGUAGCAAAUAGUACGAAGUAAUUGAUAAAAAAUACUCAAUUUAUCAACUUGUACCGAUAAAUCGUUCAUGAAUUUAACCCCGCGUUGCUGGUCAUCUUCGUCUUCCUCUACCUCCCGACUCCUUCGCCUCUUAAAACCCUCCAAUAAAACCACCAUCUUCCAGUUGUAUCACCACCCCUUGUCGGCGCCGCCCCCUUUUUCGCUGCUAUUCUCGGUGUUGACGACAAUAUUAUUACGAUAUGAUAGGUAAAACCCUAAGUUUGCACAAUUUCUGAAAAUGCAGCAACUCCAUUUUUGUUGAAUUAUGUCGAUUUGCUUCCAUCAAAUCUCCGUCAAACUUCCAAGUUUCAACAACCGAAAGAUAUGGAGACCAUCUGUGUCUAGGAGGGCAUUGACAAUAGUCUCUAUGUCGUCAGUUGCUACUGAUGCAGCGAAUUACAUCCCUGCCGCUCCUAUACUUGUCCCCGAAGGACCUUGGCAACAGAUUUCUGGGGGAGUUACAGCUGCAAAGGGAUUCAAGGCUUCUGGUAUCUAUGGUGGAUUGAGGGCCCAAGGACAGAAACCGGACCUUGCUCUGGUCACUUGUGAUGUAGAUGCUAUAUCCGCAGGUGCUUUUACUACUAAUGUGGUUGCUGCUGCACCAGUUGUGUAUUGCAAGAAAGCUUUAGAGAAAUCGAAAACGGCACGUGCUGUACUGAUAAAUGCUGGCCAAGCAAAUGCAGCCACGGGAGAUGCUGGCUACCAAGAUGUUAUAGAAUGUGCAAGUUCCUUGGCUGAGAUGCUCCACUUGGUGCAAGAGGAAGUACUUAUUGAAUCAACAGGUGUAAUUGGCCAUAGAAUAAAAAAGAAGGCUCUUCUUGAGGCACUACCAAAGCUUGUUGGUUCUCUGUCAUCUACAAUUGAAGGGGCAGAUUCUGCAGCUGUUGCAAUCACUACUACUGAUCUCGUGAAGAAAAGUGUUGCCAUUGAAUCCAAGGUUGGAGAGACUUGUAUCCGAGUUGGGGGCAUGGCUAAAGGUUCAGGGAUGAUCCACCCCAAUAUGGCAACUAUGCUUGGGGUUAUUACAACUGAUGCUGUAGUUGACAGUGAUGUUUGGAGGAAGAUGGUGCAGGUGGCUGUAAGUCGAAGUUUCAACCAAAUUACGGUAGAUGGGGAUACAAGUACCAAUGACACAGUAAUUGCUUUGGCUAGUGGGCUUUCUGGUGCGGCACGGAUAUCAAACUUGAAUGGUCCUGAAGCAUCACAACUUCAAUUAUGCCUUGACGCUGUAAUGCAAGGUCUUGCAAAGUCAAUUGCUUGGGAUGGAGAAGGAGCAACCUGUCUUAUUGAGGUAUCUGUAACGGGUACCAGUGAUGAGGCUGAAGCUGCAAAAAUUGCACGCUCUGUAGCAUCUUCUUCUCUUGUCAAGGCUGCUGUGUAUGGCCGAGAUCCGAACUGGGGACGUAUUGCGUGUGCUGCUGGCUAUGCAACAAUCCCUUUCAAUUUAAACAAACUCCAAAUAUCACUUGGAGACAUUAUGCUUAUGAAUGGUGGGCAGCCCCUUCCAUUUGAUCGGGAGGCUGCCAGCAAUUACCUUCGGAGAGCUGGGGAGGAACAUGGUACUGUUGAAAUGCACAUCUCAGUAGGUGAUGGGCCAGGAGAGGGGAAGGCAUGGGGAUGUGACCUGAGCUAUGAUUAUGUCAAGAUAAACGCAGAAUACACAACGUAAACUCGAUGUCAGAUAAAAUUAUGUGUGAUUGCUGCACCUUAACGAGUGCAGUUACCCUGGAUGAGUGCAUCAGGUGUUCAUCGACUGUCAACCGUAUCAUUUAGCUUAACCAUUACUGUUAACCAUUGCAAUGGCUUUUGAAUAUUUGAACCGUAACCGAACUGUUAAGAGAUGGUUAACCACUCUGGCAUUUCAGUAAUAUAGAUGUUGAUGGAAUAAAGAGCUUGUUCAUUGCAUUAUGAUGAUUAGCAAUUCAAUAA